CAGCCACUAAAGCAGCAGCAGCAGCAGCAGCAGCAGCAGCAGCAAACGCAGCAGCAGCGGCUGCAGCUGUUGUCCGAAAUCGCCCCCAAGUCGAAGGACGCUCGCGCUGCAAAUGCUCGGUGCCGCUCUCUAUCGAAGAAGACUUUAGCAGCAGCAGCAGCAGCAGCAGCAGCGGCAGCAAAUGGGCGGCCUUUUGGGUUUGCAGCAAAGGAAAUGAGAGCUUUUGAGGGCCCUCGGUAUGCUCCCACCACCGCAUCUACAAAGGACGGCUCGGUGCCGGAGCAGCAGCAGCAGCAGCAGCAGCGGCAGCAAAGUCUUCACAAGGUGAGCUCAGAGGCAGCCGGGGCUAAGCUGCUGCAGCAGCAGCGGCGGCUGCUACGGCUCUCCGCCGUUGCAGCAGGCCAGCAGCAGCAGCAGCAGCAGGAGCAGCAGCAGCAAGCGCCUCACAGCACUGUGCCAACAGUGGCAGCCGCUGCUGCUACUGCAGCGUCUGCGGGCCCAGCUGAACAGCAAGGCUCCGAGGGGCAUGUUCAAAGUAGCAGCAGCAACAGCAGCAGCAGCAGCAGCAGCACAGCCGACCUCUCAACCCGCAGCAGCAGCAAAAACCAGCAGGAGCACAACGGCCCCGCAGAGGCCCUUGCCGUGACCACCCAAACAACUGCAAGUUCAACAGCAAACCAGCAGCAGCAGCAGCAGCGGCAGCAGCAGCCACGUAGACGCUGCGCCCGCAGCAGAGAGCCUUGGAAUCAAAAGGCCCCCAGUAAGGGGGCCUCCAAGGGUCUCAGCAGCUUCUUUGGUCCUUAG